AUGUCUCGCCUCUUGCCGGGUACUUGUAUCGCUCUCCCCGUACCGUUCCUGAGUCUUGUUGCACCUCCUAUUCCCAUCCCUCCUGUGCCUCCUGAAUCCUGUCCCAACUUGGCUACUGCUUCUCAGCCCGUAACAUCUCUCCAGCUGAGAAUAGCAUCUGAACCAAGUAUUCUCUUCCCUCUUCGGCCCCUGUCCUGCGGGUUUUUCUUCUUCUUCCUGCAGACAUACACUCCUCACCCCGCCAUCCACCCACAGUGCCACUGGAUUUCUCUUGGAACUUGGAAUCUUGCACCACUGUGCCACCCCGUCACCCCGUUUUUGUCAGCAAUAUCCCCAGCACAAGGUACCAAGCAGCGCAGCAGCAACAGCGACCAGAACCCAGCUAACCAACCAAACCUCCCAGCCCAGCGGCGCCAGAUUGUCUCACCACACACGUACCGUCCGUCCACCCCCAAAAAAGAAGCCAAAGGCCUACGCAGUAAGAGAGGGGGCGGAAUUUGCGGGGUUCCUCCAGCACAACGAUCCAACGAGCGUCUUUGUACGCCAACCUUGAACCUCCACCAACAAAUCACGACCCCAGAGCGACCACUCCUCUCUCUCUCUCUCUCACUCACACAUACAUACCCUCUCUCUUUGAAUCCUCUCCUACCCGUACCCGUGCUCGUACCGUACCGUACCUUACUCUUUGGUACCGUACCUACCUGUGCAUUAUCUACCGCACCCCCAAAAACACCAAACAACAAUCUUUAUUCCUCGCCCCGCCUCGACUCGCUUCGCCUCACCCCAAAGGCUCACCUAAACCUCACCUCACCACCUCGCAUUCUCUCGACGGCACUCUCCUCACCUUCGAUCGCACGCACCAUCAAUCACCCCGACUUUGACUUCUCAACACCCAUUUCCAUCGUCACUAGUCCGAUUCGCCAUCUGCGCAUUCGGCAAUAA